AUGUGCAUGUGCAUUACUUAUGGAGCGACAUUCGAUUUCAUAAUAGUUGGUGCGGGUUCAGCCGGCUGCGUGCUGGCAAACCGGCUCACGGAAGACAACGGUGUAUCUGUGCUGCUGAUAGAAGCUGGUGGAGAUCCUCCAAUCGAGUCUAAUCAAUGCACCGGCAACAAUUGUCACAUCAAUGAUGAAGAUCAUUUACCACGAGGCAAAAUGUUAGGUGGAUCAAGCAGUCUCAACCUCAUGUUCUACGUGCGAGGGGACCCACACGAUUAUAAUACUUGGGCUCGUAUUGCUAAAGAUCAAAGUUGGAACUACACCAAUGUUUUACCUUAUUUCAUCAAAAAAAUAAUUUUGUCGGGCGGAGCAAUUAACACUCCACGACUGUUAAUUCUCUCAGGCAUUGGUCCAAAAGAACACCUAAAAAGUUUAGGAAUAAAAGUUGUAUACAAUCUUCCAGUAGGAGAAAAUUUACAAGAUCAUAAAGUAGUGGCAUUGUACCACACAACAGGCCCUGCCCCGGCUCCCAUACCUGCGAACCCUCAUGAAUACCCAGAUAUCGCAAUAAACGGUUACGUCUCAUUAAAUAAAAAUCAAAUCAACCCAGACUAUCUAGUCACAGUCGCCAUUGCAAUCCGGGUGAUACUAUCUUGUGCUAUUUUAUUUACAUUUAAUGAGAAAAUUUGCCAAUCACUUUAUGAUAGGAGCAAGAACAAAGAAACUACUUUGAGUCUAUUGGCACCACUUCAGCCUAAAUCAAGAGGGCGACUACUGUUAAAGAGCACUAACCCUGAAGAAUAUCCAUUUAUCUACACAGAGCCAUAUUCAGAUGAAAGAGAUCUUGAAGAUGUUGUCCGGUACCUGGAAGAUUAUUCGCGAGUGAUUAACACAACGUAUUUUAAGAGUGUUGAAGCAAAAUUCUUAGAGUUGGAAAAGUGCGGGGACUUUCCAGUCGGGUCUAAGGCUUACUGGCGUUGUCACGCUCGGUGCCUGGUGACCACGCUGUACCACCAAGUGGGCACGUGCGCCAUGGGCUCCGUGGUGGACAGCCGGCUGCGCGUGCGCGGCGUGGAGAGGCUGCGCGUGGUGGACGCCAGCGUCAUGCCCACCAUCACCAGCGGCAACACCAACGCGCCCACCAUCAUGAUCGCCGAGAAAGCAGCCGAUAUGAUCAAGGAAGACAAUAACAUUCAAAAACGACACUUAAUACAAUGACAUAAUGGUGUCGCAUGGAUGUAAAGUAUAAUGAACAAUCGAGGUAUUUGCUUUUCUUUGUGUUCUAACUGCUUA